GUGAUUAGAACAAAAAGUCAAAUCUUUAUCCGAUGUUUGGCGCAACUAAUCGUUCGUCUUAGUUUAAUUGCAGCUAACGCCAUGUCUAUUGAGCAAACGACCAAAUCUGCACUGUUUCUGCCUGUAGAAAUAUCUCUGGAAAAUACCAGCUGUGCGAUAUGCAUGGAAGACGCUAAUAAACCUGUAUUCUGUGUUACCUGCCACAAAAUGCUGUGUUUCGAGUGUAUGGCAAAAUGUCAACAGGAAAAUGGAUGUGGCUUUUGUCGUAACAAAACGCCCGUCAAUAAGUAUCAUGACCAGUGCCUUAACUACAGCUGCGAGAAGCAUCAACUGCUUGUCACAUUGUUCUGCACGGAAUGCGAAGUUUGCGUUUGCAAGCAGUGUUUAAAUAAGGGAGCUGACCAUUCGUUGCACAGCAUGAUUACAAUCGAAGGCAUCCGUACGGAACUUGCCCAGAAGUUGAAAUCACUGUACAGUUUCUUACGCUUGGUUGAGGUCCUCAAAGAUUUGGACCCUUCCAGCGAGUUCGUGAAAUGUUUUAUACCUGUACCUCCUGUACCAAUGAACGAUGAAUUCAAAUCAAUGCACGAAGAAGUCCAAUCCAUUGUGAAUGAGUCGCAGUCUUACUGCUUGAAGGAGCUGGUUGUUAAUCGGAGUCUACUGAAAAAUCGUAUAGAAGAAAUAGUGAACAAGCUAAAGCUAAAAAAACAAGAAAAUAAAGUUACUAACGAUUUCGAAAGUUUCACGUUUACGAUUGACUGUCAUACGUCAUUCUCCUAUGACACCGAAGUAUUUUUUGAUCGAUAUGGCAAUGAGUGGCUAAUAACCGUGACUCCUAAAUACGGUAAAAUGUUUAGUGCCGUAAAAUAUGCAGCUAUUAGCAUUAACUUGAAAUCAGGAACACCAGGACGGUACGAGAUGAAGAUUGGCAGUUCCGCGAAAAUUAUUCCAUUCCACCGAAUUCUCGAGUUUAUGCACAUUCCCUCAAUUUCGGACCCUUUCAAGAUAUGGGAGAGAAGCUUGUACCAACUUCGUCCUGAGCUGGUGCUUACUUUGGGCGUGAGACGCAUCAUUUGUCAAUGUGGCAAUUUCAGUGCUAGUGAUUGAUAACAUUGUUCGAUACCUAAGAUCAAACCGCAAUGGAUUGAUUUUUUCAGAAAGUAUCUAAUCUAUAGCGAAACUGUUGCUAUAUGGGUAUUACGCUUCCAAAACUGUCGGUGCUCGUGCUUCAGGCCUCUACCAAUAGCGACACCGUAUUCUAUUGUGUCGCUGGUGAUGGUGACUUGAAGCACGAAUAAAGACGGCCGCCAUAAUAACUUUUACACACCCAGCUAAUGUUCUUCAAAUGAAUAGGAAUAUUUUAAAAAAAAUCUUGUCAAUAUCACAUCUACAAGCGGCGGAUCCAGAAAAAAAAAAUCGGGAGGGGUCUGAAAUUUCGAUUUUAAAAAGCAAUUCGUAAUAUAUAAUGACCUUAUUUUAAUUGCAUCAGUUUUGUGGCCCAAAUUUUGCUUGGAAUGAUUUUGAUUUUGAAAAAUGUGAUAUUGACAAAAUGUAGAUUUAAAGGCUCUUUUUAAUAUUACGAUGCCUUCUGUUCAUGUAUUUUUACUAGCGUAUGAAUCGUAUC